CUUCAUCAUCUCAUCCCACUGACUCACUCACUCACUCACAACACCACCAUCACACCCCCAAUUAGUAUCUACUCAUUCAUCUUAGUAAACAGUCCCACCAACACCACCCCAAAACCCCAAGUUGAAAAUGCCCAAACCAGCCCCCUACCUCCCCCUCUUCACAACCCACCUAACCUCCUCCCCCACCUCCACCUCCAUAACCCUCACCACGCUCUCCCUCCCCCCUCUCUCCCCAACGCCCCUCCCCCGCUCCCGCACCGUCGAAUUCCGCGGCUUUUUUCCCACCCUAAACCUGCACCCCACGGCCAUCCAAUCCCUCAAAGACCAACACAUAGGUCUGAACCCCGAUAUCUACGAGUCGGAGAUGCUCGCCCUCACGACGGAUAGGCGGAUGGAGAAGGUGAAGGAAUUGGAGAGCUCCGGGGGUGUGGUUGAAGCGGUGUUUUGGUUGAGGGAGGUGGGGAAUAUGUGGAGGGUUAGGGGGAGGGCAUGUAUUAUUGGGGAUGAGGAGGGGGAGGAGAAGGAAGUGGAGGGGAGGGCGUUCGUUGAGAAGGGAUUGAGGAAGUUUAGGGAGGGGGAAGGGUGGAGUUGGGAGAGGCAGGUUGAUAUGUAUUUUGCGAAUCAUUCGCCGGGGAUGAGAGGGACUUUCAAGAAUCCACCUCCUGGUACACCCAGGAAUCAGGAUCCCGGACAUCCGGAGUUGAAGCUGGGGCAGAAGGUGGAGGAUCUCAAGGAUAAGGUUGCGAGGGAGAAUUUCAGGGUUGUGGUCAUUCGGCCGGAGGAGGUCGAGAGGUUGGAUGUUAAUGAUCCUUCGAAUCCGAUUAGGACGAGGUGGACGGCUGUGAGGGAUGGGGAGGAGUGGGAGGAGGUGGAUUUGUGGCCUUGAUUUUGAUACAUAGUGUUAUUCCUUGUUGUUGGAUUUGGGUGCUAUUUUUGUUGGGAUGAUAAAAGUGAUGGAUGAGGUUCAUUGUAGAUUACAUUGAAGGUAUCUUUGUACGCUGUAUUAACAAUGAGUAGAUUGGAGUGUGAU